AAGUUGCUGCUGUGCAAAGAUUCAAUUCAAGUAAAGUUGCUGCGUUAGAUAAAUAAACAAAUCGAACCCUCGUGUGAUUCAGCGGCUUGUGGCACCGAAACUCUGCGAGAUAUCUGCAGCUGGUCUGAAUUAUUUUGUUUUGCACACUUCAGUUUUCAAUUUGCGACGAGCCGCCGCGAAGUUCGGUUUUGUGAAGAGCAGAUCUUUGCCGUGAAUAUGUCUACGCGUCAGAUGAUCUCGUGGCGCAUCUAUGUCUAUGCCAAUUGUUUGUACUCGAAGCAGCCAAGCGACAAGCGCGGCUUUCGCGACUGGAGCCCCCAGGCGCUCAGAAAUGAUCCACGUGCGAUUCAUCGCAUUAUGGACUGGGUGAAUCGUGAUGCCUCCGUGCUCGUGCGCAGCAGCGAGGAGGAUAUGGUCCAAGCCUAUGAGGUGGUGCACGGCAUGCUGGCGGAUGUGCCCAUGCGCAGCACCGAGUUCCAGGACGCGCUGGUAACCUUCUUUGGCGGCAAGACAUGUCACUUUGUGCACGAGUUGAUUAAUUUUGCACGCUCGCCGUACGACGAUCCAAUUACCUACGAACUGAGCGUGCAGUAUCGCUCCAUGAGCACUGAGCUGGAUGAAAUGCCUUGCACCUCGGCGGAGGCACUGAAACGACAGCAGGCCAUGGCGGGGCUGCAUAACUUUGUGCAGUUUGCCGCUCGCAUGGACAACGAUGAUUGUCUCAGCUUCGAGGCAGACAUGGAGCUCGAGGCGGAGGAUAGUUGUGCCAUCGAUGAGUUGAUUGUGAACAAGCGGUACAAUGUUUCGGCGCUGAUUGACAUUUCGCAAGCCAUGAUUGUCGGCCGUGCCCAGAUGGUAGAGUCGCAGCAGCAGCAGCAGCCGCAGCAGCAGCCUCAGCAGCCGCCGACAUUACAGCAGCAACCGACGACAUCACAGCAGCCGCCAGUGCAGCCUUCGCCACUUUCCCCGAAUCGUCAAAACAAUGCAUUUGGGGAUGCUGCACUGGAGGAGGCUAUCUCCAGGAGCAUUCUGGAAAUGACCCAGAAUCGUCUUCGCGAUCGGGCGCGUCGAAACCGGGCACACUCGGCCUUCCUUGCUCAAUUAGGACCAGCUUCAGCGGGCAGACGUCGGCGCAGAAAUUCCUUUGAUUUCGCUCUCCAUAAUUAUGGCAUGGCACCGCCUUAGGUUCGAAUGGGAGCCUAAUUGAACCUAGUUUUAAUUACAUUUCAUUAGCACACAAACACACUAAAGACAGACACAAUAGCCCCAGCCAUAUAAGAUGAGUGCCCACCAAUCAAUGAGGCCAACCAACCAAUCCAAUUCCUCAUCAUUAAAAGGGUUCGACUGGCAUCAAAAAUUGAUAAACGUCCCUGCCCGAACUGGCCUCGAUGACACGACAUUGGAUAACUGAUAAAACGGAUUGCCUGCCCCAUCAAUAAAUAAAAAAAAGGGACCGCCAAACGGUGUGCCAAAUAUGCCUUUAACGCAUAUUUGCCUGCACGGUCCUUUGUCUUAAUUUUUGUUGGAGAAUACAAAAAAAAGGUAGCUCCACGCCCCAAACCCGCCCAUGUCACAUGGCUGGUUGGCAGCGCAUGAAAAAUUGAAUUACACGCACUUUUGCGCAUAAACGAGAGCUGCAAAAAAUAUUACAGCAAAAAUUUGAACAACAUACAAAUAAGCCAGCGACUGUCAGCCAGCUGAUACAAUGUGCAGAUACACUUUCCAUUUUUGCUAAGGAUUCACACACACAGAAAACAUUUUAGUUGUGCACUUUUUUUGAUUUGUAAAAUUAGCAGCAAAUGGCAGCUAAAAAAAAAUAUGACAAAAUUAUUUGUA